UAAGCUGCGCAGUUAUCGAGCUACGUCAGUCAGCUGUUCGAUGGGCAGCACUGGCCGACAACCAACCGAAAAUAUUCAUUACUGGUGCGCAGUUGUUGUUUCCACGGACGUGUCAAUUGUUUGUCUAAUUGCGCCAGCAGCAGCAAAGCGACGCCAAAACACACAUGCGCAUUCCAGCGCACAGACCGCCCACCCACGGAAAUCGCAAUACCAUCGCCCCAGCAACGCGGAGGAGGGGGUGGACUCCACUUCCAGGGAGAAAGCCAACGCACGCAUACAAGAAUCUGAACUGAAUCUGAGAAUACCAAUCCGAAUCCAAGAGAGCCAAGACGACACUCCAGCUCGGUAUUUGAGCCAUCGACAUUCCGCUGCUCCGUCAGUUUUCAGAGGACCUUCGAAGUGGGCAGCCGAAAAUCCAAAAGUCUCCUGGCAGCGAGCGAAAAACCAAAGAGAAAAAAUAAGCAAAGCUAAAUCUAGUUGGCAGAGAAAAGCUCAAGUGGUAAUUGGCUGCGACUCAAAUUACUUUAGUUGUGAAAAUAGCGAAAAACUAUUAACCAAAAACAAAAGAAACUCGAGCGUGGCGUGUGUCCAUGUGGAAAAUCGAUCGAAUCGCAGAGUAUUUAUCGUGUAAUUGUGCCCAAUAGCCACGCAAUUCCCAGUCCGUUUUAUUGAUUUUCCCCACCGCCUCGCCAAGUAGCAAUAAAAGCCAUUCUUUUCCCUUCCAUCUCGACCAUCUGUCCAACCCAAUUGCAGCGUGCAAAAUUCAAAUUUCAAGUUAAAUGCGAGAAUUUACAUAACGCCGAGCGUUGAAAGUGAAACUUCUGUGGUGCGAACGAAACACUGAAAGAAAGGAAACCCCAUUACAGGACAUUCUAUCUCUGCCCCUGCCCAGUGUAGUAAAAGUUGGAGCGCCAGGAGCGGGAGAGCAGUGGAAGACCGUGAGAACCGUGAGAGCAAGCGAACCUAGAGAGCGUUGAACGUGCGCACGUCUUCCCAGUCAGGACACACCACCAAUCCUUGAAAGAAUCAGCAGGAGCCAACAUGUUUUCGGGCCUAACAAAUCAAUUCACCUCGCUGGUGGGCGCCGUUAAGGGAGGCGCUGGCGAUGAGGAUGUCCCUGCGCCCACAGGAGAUGCGCCCGCGGCCGCUCCAGCAGCAUCCACAUCCGUGGAGGCUACAGCCUCCUCCGCUGUGGAUCCGGAGGCAGCAGCCGCCGCCGGUGGCGAAGGACUCGAGGGCGAGGAAGCUGGCAAAAGACUGCCCAAGUCCACCUCCCUGGUUGAUUCAUUAGUAACCGAAGCCACCGGAUGGCUGGGCAGUGCCAAGGGCUGGCUGGGAAACGCCUCGAUACCGUCGAUGCCAGCCAUGCCGUCGAUGCCAUCGAUGCCGGCCAUGCCAGCGAUGCCGUCGAUACCAUCGAUCCCGGGACUCCGCAAGGGCGGAGGAGCCGACGGAGCAGAGGGCGCCGAGGGAGCUGUUGCCGGAGAGGGCGGGGCCGCCGCCAGUGGAGCCGUGAGUGGUGGCGAGGAUGACGACAAGUCGAGGUAUAUUAGCGCCACGGAGGGCGCCGACUCGCAUCCUGCAUCGGGCGGUGGCACGCCCACCGGCGACGAGGGUCAAAUCGGACAGGGUAAGGGCGAUGAAGUCAAAAUUACCACAAAAGUAACACAGCAGGCCAAACACUUUGGGUCCUUCUUGUCAUCGGCCAUCAGCAAGGCUGGCAGCAAAAUCAAGGAAACAGUCAAGGAUAAUACCAUUCUCGACUCGUUCAACAAGGAGCAGGAAGCCUUCAUCAAGGGCCAGGGCGGCGUGGGCAAUGGAGCAGCUCCCUGGAUCGGACACGCCAACGAGGCCAAGAUCAAGGAGGAAAUUCUGGGCCUGUCGCAGGAUCGCCGCAACUUCGUGCGCGCCCCGCCCGCCGGCGUGGACUUUGAGUUUAGCUACGACACCGCCUAUCCCACGGCCAUAGCCAUUAUGGCCGAAGACAAGGCGCUCGAGACGAUGCGAUUCGAGCUGGUGCCCAAGAUCAUCACUGAAGAGAACUUCUGGCGGAAUUACUUCUACCGCGUCUCACUGAUCAUCCAAGCUGCCGAGUUGGGCACUCUAGGCGCCGAUGGCGUGGGCCAGGCCUCAAGCGGCGAAGAUGCCAACGAAGUGGUCCCCAAAGAAAUUAAAUCCAAGACUGUCGAACCAGCCAAGAGCGAUUCAAGUCUGAAAGCCAUUGCCGAGCAGCCGAAGGCUUUGAUUGAGCCGGAGGUGCAGCAGAGCCAUGUCCAGGCAGCCAAGUCAAAGGCACAUGCCAGCAAAGAGCUGGGCCAGAAGGUCUCCGAAUCGGAAUUCGUUUCGGAUGACUUCCAGGCCUCGAGCGAAUCGGACUUGGCUGAGAUCCAAGACGGCAUGCGCAAGUUGGGCAUCGACAGCAUGACCCAGCAGGCACUAGCUGCGACUGAUGAGGAACAAUGGGAAAAGGAUCUGGAAGCUGAACUCAAGGACUACGAGGUGGUUGACGAAGGCGGCACUGGAGGCGGAGAUGGCGGCGGUGGCGGCGGCGGCGGAGGACGCAGGAAAGGCAGGGAGGCCGGCAAGGACGACGCGGAGGCGGAGGAGGACGAACCGACAAUAUCAAACUUGCGCACACGCUCGACUAACAACGAUUGGGAGGAGUACGCCGAUUUAAUUGAGGAUACCGAUGAUUUAAAGUAAUUAAGAGCUUAUAUCGUAGUUUCUUCUAAGUUGGCUCUAAGUUUAUAACUAUCUUUACUUUAUCUUUCUUUCCAUUCCUUUCUAACCUUGUUUCCUCCUUAAUUGAUUACCCUAAUAUUGUUAAACCAAACCCAAAACCGAAUCCAAAUCUAAACGAAAUACAAAACUAUUCGAAACCACAGAACUUUGAAGUGCCUAAAGCGCACGAUGUUGGGCUAUCCAUGAGACGAGGCAGUCCCAGCGCUCUCCUAGUGCCGGUGGUCCACAAUCCCAGACAUUUCCCUGUGGGCUUGCCUUGUGGUGGCCUAUUGGAAAAGUUGAUUGAGAUACCAUAGCCCCUAACACGCACUCAAUUAUUGGCCUCAGAGCAAAGCGUUCUAUUCAGUUACGUUCAGACAUGAUAUAAGACACUAAAGCAAAAGAAAACGAUUUGAUUUAACCUUAACGUUUUAACCGAAAAGUAAAAAGAAAAAACCAAUCCCUAGCCAAUCCGGUAUUUAAAUGUAACUACUAUAUUCUCUUUUAUUUGGUUGACACACCGAGUGGCAGCGGUAGAGGGAGUCGUCGCUAUUACUUGCCAAUUGUUCAGCACACGAAGCAUCCGAAAUCUGGCAGUCAGUAACCAACCUAUCAAUAAGUACUUAUAUAGACACACAACUAUGAGAGCAGGCUAAACGAGAAACUGGCUAAUGCUAUAUAUGCAGAUCAUAUUUCAAUAUAGUGACUAACAAUUGAGUAAACAAACAUGCUUCAAAGGGAAAUUUUGUUAUUUAUAUUUAUAAAUAAAUUAUAUAUAAAUAUAUAUACACAUAUAUAUAUACAGAUAAAUUAAUGCAUUUGAAUUUAAUGUGUAAAAAUUAUUAUAAUAAAAGUAUAGAUAUAAAAUAUGUAAAGAUACGAGACACCCAAAAAAAAGUUGAAUGUUUUAGUUUCAAAAUCCUUAAAAGGCUUUUCUUUUCGAAAUUUUGAAUUCAAAUCAAGCAAAAUAAAAAAGAUAGUAACUUAUUAGUUGAGAGCAAAUAAGUACCAUUCAAACGUAUUAUUUAUCCCUCGAUAGUUUGUAGUCAAACAAAAAUAUUAUACACAGAGUAAAUUAUCAUUAAUUGAUGCUUAAACAACACGUUGAAGAAUAAAUAAAUAACAAUGCAUAUAAAUACCAAUUGUUUAGCUCAAUUUAAGGCGCGCCAACAAGUUUUCUUUUCCGAACGUUUUCAGUUCGAACAAACUUCUUUUGGGAUUUUUUCUAAACAACUCUCACCUUGCUGUUCCACUACCAAGACACGAACUUCCUUGAACAAAACUAAAAACAAAUUGCCAAAACAAUAAUACACUGAUUGGACUUGAAAGAUCAAGAAACUUAAAACGCAAUUAAUAAAUUACAAAUAACAAAUGAAAAGUAAAUGCAAUUAUAAACAAUAAGCAGUUCAAAACCUUUGAAACAAAUAUAUACACAUAUAUAUUUAUAUAUUUCACUAGACAAAUUUUUAUGCAUAAACUAAAAACAAAAGAAAUUCUAUAUUAUCAAUGUUUUUGCUCUAAAUGUCUAACUAAUUGUUAAUAAAACCAAAAUAAAAUUAUUUUCUGCAGACAAACGUUAUAUGAGAAUGAGAAAUGCUAUGAAUGUGUAAUUAUUUGUUAGCAGUCACGAAAUAUAUGAAGAACAUGCGGAUGAUACGGAAAAAGUAAACGUUAUGACAUUAAACUGUAUAUUGUACAUUUACUUUUAAACAAAUGAAAUGUAUUUACACGAAACGGCAUGGAAUAUGACAAACUAAAGAAAUUUUAAAAUUUAUAUUUACUUUGUGCGUUUUUAAACAUGUUGGCGACACAAUGACAAGCAAAUUAGUGCAUAAACCGAACUAAUAAUAACAAUAAAUAUUAAAAAUUAACGAUAAAUAAUGUAAUGAUGUUGACAGCAUAUGUAUUUUACAAGGCAGAACAACCCAACCCCUAGAUCCAAUCCUCACCGAAUCCUGAAAGAUAUAUCAAACCUCCAGCAUUGACUCUCACACACAUUUUUUAUUGUCUGCAAAUAGAUUAUUAUUAUUAAACCGUAAAGAAAGCAAAAAUUAAAUUAAUGUUUAUGAGCAAAGUUUGUUGAGCAGCAUUUCAUUAAUAUACAUUGCAAAAUGAAGUAAAAUAUAUGUAAAUGUACUAAUUAAAGUAUAUCACCCCCGAGACGGAAAACCGAAAAAGUAUAAUUUAGUUGUUUAAUGAUUGAUAAUAUUUAGACACCAGAGGAUUCCUCGUAGCAUCCACCGGAUGCAAAAAUUGUCAGCAAGAAGCAGAGGCACUCCCUGAAAUGCCAUAGAACAUUUUCCACUCAAUGUAAAACCAAGGGCAGAGCGCGGAGUUUCUCUGACGAUAGCACCCUGAAAACUAAGCACAGCAAACGGAAAAUAAAUUAAACAUUUUGUGUAAGGUUCGAUGACAGAACGGAGGCGACAGCAUGAACACGUACGAGUAUAUACAUAAUAAAUAUAUAUGAGAACAAUUUAACGAGAUUAAAAUCAACUAAAGUAAUAAAGGGAAAGUGUAUAACUAUUAAAACUAA